CUGACGGUACCCACAAUGCAAAUGCCCACCAAUCACGUCGUUUCUUUUUAAGUACCACAAUGUGGUUGCUGUGUGGUGUGGGGGUUUUAAACGAGUGCCGUGUUAUUUUCUUCUAGUCUGAGUAGUUAUGUUUCUGCUACCCUUCAAGAUAAAAUAAUUGCAUCUUGUUGGUGCAUAAGUGCAUCAUGGCUCUGAAGGAAGAUUCGCUGUGUCUGGAGGGCCACGGAAGUUUGUUUGGGAAUUGUUUCUCCUUCGACGCGGAGGAUUCGUUUCAAAGAAAGAAGGAUGUGGAGACAACAACAAAGACCCCCGUCCCUCCGAAGACGCCGGUGAAAUUCUCCCCUUGGUUCAGAGUUCCAAGAGAGGCCUCUCUUGUUACUUUUAAACAAGAUCGAUCUAAGUGUUUGCCAUUGAGUAGCUUGUAUGACAGACAUCGUAGGGACGUAAACUAUAUGCAUCAGGUUUUCAAAGAUGUGACUCAAGUGGGUGAAGGUCACUUUGGAAAAGUUUACAGAGUUAUAAGCAAAGAAGAUAACAAAGUGUAUGCAGUUAAGGUUUCUAAAGAAAUCUUUCACAACGAGGCUGAAAGACUUAAACGCUCUGAAGAAGUACGCAAACAUGAAAUGAUUCCUGUGCAUCAAAAUUGCGUAAGACUUUACAAUGCAUGGGAGGAACAGGGCAGACUAUUUCUAUGGUUAGAGUUUUGCCAGACAUCACUGGAAGCAUAUGCUGGUACUAAUCAUGAAAUUAAUGAAAGUAAAGUCUGGGAGAUUCUCCUUGACCUCCUGUUGGGUCUCAAAAAUCUCCAUGACAACAGGCUGGUCCAUGUAGAUGUUAAAUUAGAGAACAUCUUAAUGACAGCAGAGGGUGUCUGUAAACUUGCAGACUUUGGUCUUCUUGUUGAUAUGAGUCAGGAUGCCUUGCCACCCAAAAAUGUUGUGGAAGGUGAUGGGAGGUACCUUGCCCCAGAAUUGUUAGAUGGAGGGCCAUGCACUCCAGCAGUUGAUGUUUUUAGUUUAGGACUUUGUAUUUUGGAACUUGCUGCUGACAUUGUGAUGCCUGGAGGUGGUGAAGAUUGGCAAAGUCUUAGAAGAGGAGAAAUACCUCUAACUAAAACAACUCACCUAUCAGAAGAACUUAAAAAUAUUAUUCGAGAAAUGCUGAUUCCAAAUCACCUGGAAAGGCCCAAUGUGGACAAACUUUUGAAACAACCUCGGCUUCAACAAAUGUGGUGUGAACGGCGCAAGAGGAAUCCCACUGCCCAAGACCUCAAAGCUCCGCACAUGGCCUUGACUGGUCUUAUGGCCAUCCUCAACUUGCUCAUCUUCCUCUUGUCUGUGCCACUGAAGAUGACUGAGGUUCUUCGGAGGAAGUGUGGUCGGCCUGACAGAGUCCUGCGACGCCCCGUAGUGUCUUCCCUCUUUGGCUCCAAAUCAAUCAUGAAGAGGCGAUUGAUCAAUACUUCUGCUCCGAGGCCACUGUCUGGUACAUGGAACAUGCAAGUCUCUGAUGAUGAACUUGAAGUAGCAACUAUCUUAAACGAAGGAAAGUUGGACAUUCUUGCUAGUUCAACUCCAUUCAAGCCUCCAACACCAACCAGGUCCAGAGCAAUAGGGAGCCUCCUCUCCAGCCAACGCACCCUGAACUUUGCUUUGAACGAUUCUGCAUCAUCAAGCUCUCCAACAAGUAGUCCCCCAACAUCCCCCACAUCAUCAAGGUUUUUCCCGCAACUCCGCUCCACAAGCCCCUUGAACUCAGUUGGUGAGAACCCUCCUGCUUCUCCAGUGUCGAUGGAUGAAAGUCCUUGUGCUUCCCCAGACUUCAGUCUUCUACAUCACUCCAACAGUUCCAAAGAGAGUAAAAUGAACAAUUCUAUGCCUCAUGACCUUCCAGCACACAAAUCCCUCAAUGGAUCUGUUGCGUCACUUGGAAGAAUGGGGAGAAAUCUUCUUCACUCUUUCAACACAUCUGAAGAUUCAGAUGAUGAAAAAGUACAGAAGAAAAAAGAGAAAAAAAGAAAAGAGAAAAAGCGCAGAUAAUCACUCAAACUUGUUUCUCUUUCACUUGUUUCAGUUUUGUUAAAAAUCAAGUUUUCUUUUCUUGAAAAAAGUUGUUAAAUUUAUAACUCAAAAGAUUCUUUUAAUUGGUGUUACAAAGUAACUCUAUGAAGCAAAUGCUCAUGGUUUAAAAUUUCUAUUGUCCUUCAGCCCAAGCAAUGCUUGGAAAAUUGAUUCCUUGUUUUUCUGUGCCUUAGAUUCUUUUGUCCCUUACAUUUUCUGUCAUUAUGUCUCUAUCCUGAGUUAAAUUAACUGCAUGUACAGAGGAUAGUGUUUUUUAUCAUUUAAUUUUGUGACUAUAUUUAUGCUUAUGCAUCAUGAUUUGGAUAUAUUUGUAUUUACAAGUAUGUAAAACUUUCCACCACUGCUCACAAUCAGAAGUGAGCGAGUGUGUGUGUUAAUUCUGUUCUUUCUAUUCUGUUUUGUUGGGAGGGGGGAGGGGGGGACAUGUAUUCAGCACUGGAGCAGUUAGUGGUGAAGCUGUAAAAAUGUUUUGUAUCAUAAUCAGAAUUCUUUCUAUAUUGUUCUUCAAAGAAUUAAAUUAAUAUAGAAUGGUGUUAAAUUAUCUGUGACAUAUUUUUGUACUAUAUGUUAAAUUUAUUUUUACGGCUGUUAUAUCUGCUCUGUCUGCAGCAAUAGUGAUAAACUUUUCGGCUGUGAUGGUGCUCCAUUUAAUUUCGAUGAUGCAGACCUUAGUGUUUGAUUCAAGUCUGAACAUCAAAUUUGGGAACCUGGAGCAAAGAAAAGAAACUACUAGCUAUGGAGGUUUCACACUGUUGCCUCUCUUGAAUUCUUUGUUCAAGAUUAAACCAAAACCUCUGGAUUUGUUUUUAUUCUCUUUAUUAUUAUCUAAUUAAAUUGACUGGGGGAACAGGAGAUUGCAUCUACAGAUUGUCUUACUUUGAUAACAUUGAAGAUUCUGUGAUUUAAGAUAAAUUAAAAUUUAUUUGUAUUUCCAUACCUUUGCUACAUCAAAUAUGGACAUUAAUUUUUGGACUGUUCCUGGCCAGAGACGCAGGCAAGUAACCAGGCCUUUUUCAGCCAACAGUCACAGAUCUCCCAUCUUUCAUCAGUUUUGAAUCUCCCAUUUUGUCCCUAGUCAUUGAGGGUUGAGCAUCUUUUGUAAACUUAGCACACACAAGUGGUGUUCCUUAACAUUAAAGUUAACUAUUCAAAGCAAGUGGUUGAUGGUGAACAGUAUUUUUAAAUAGUUCUGUACAUUAUAUUGUAUUAUUUUGUAUUAUUUUCUUCUGUACUAACUGUUGUAUAUGCAUGUUUAUGUACAUAUGUGUCUGUAGAGUUGUUUAUUGGAAAUUUUAUUGUUUCGAGUGUUAUCUGCAAUGUGUUUGCUGGAGAAAAUGUAAGGGCCACCAAGACCAUCAUAAUCACUUCACUGCAACGUAAAUUAAAAGGAAUGAUAUGAAUACUGAUUCACUUUCAUUUUGACCUUUUUGUGAGGGCCGUGAAGAAAUGUAGGUUGUGACUGCAAAUUUUGUUAAAGAACAAAAUUUCUGCUGUUUUCUGCCAUUGUUCUUUUUGAGAAUGUGAUUUUUAGUUGGAAUGGUUUUUUCAACAAGUGUGAUUUAGGUAACAUGUGACACUUUGUUGUCGUACUUAGUCUUCAUUCUCACCCCUUUCUUAAAACCUUUUUUUUUCCUCAAUCAAUUGAAGGUUUGUAAGGUAAUUAUUCUACCUUUUAGCUUAUACAAUUUUUGUUUUCUUUCUAGAAUUGUAUUGUGAUCUCAUUAAAAUCCAUUGCAAAAGAGAA